GUCAUCCACGCGGCAAUCAAAGCCUCCUCUACAUUCCCCUUCCCUAAUAAAUCAUACUCACUACGAUUAUCCCCUAUGAAUUACGACAUUUGUAUAGAUAAUUGUGUUCUACCUGAUGAUGGCCAUCCCAAUCUCAAUGGAUGAUGCAAUUGCUCUACUUUGAAUGGGCCCUCUGGAAGCUAUUCAUCGAGAGAACAAAACUUCUCUAUCAGUCAAUAAAUCUGUUGUCGCUAGUCAUAUGCCGUCGUUCGCCAUCAAAUGAAACGUCCAAGCCCUGCAACCAUGUGCCGCUCAAUCAUUGUCUUUCUUUUCGGUUCGCUUUUGGUCGUCAGCUCAACGGAACUUUAUCCCUUCAAAACCAUCCGAUUCUUUCGUUGGGCAAAUGAACCGGAUCCUGUCUCACCAGCCCCUCGGAUCGUUGGGGGAUACGGUAUUGCCAUCGGCGCACUUCCGUUCAUUUGUACCAUCCGUCAGCGAGCGUCGGCGGCCGGACAAUGGAAUCAGCGGUGCGGUGGAACGGUCGUGAACGAAAACUGGCUGCUUACUUCCGCUCAUUGCAUUUUCGGACAAGAUAUCGCCCGCUUAUUGGCUGUUUGUGGCUUACGGCAGGUCCGAACUAUCCAGCAAGUAGAAAUAAAACCGGAUUAUGUUCACGGCCAAAAGGGAAUCGAUUUGGCAUUGGUAUUGCUGAAGAAAUCGCUGGUUUUCGGUGAAAACGUUCAGCCUCUUCCGAUUUUCGAUCAGCAGAAGCUUUCAUCCAAUGCGGCAACAAUUGUCGGGUACGGAUUAGAUUCAUUCGGGGAAGCACGCGGUUUACAGGCUGCUUUAGUUCCAAUACUAUCGUACGAACAAUGCUACCAACGACUUGGCUACCUAGCGCCUUAUCUAACAGCUGAUACCAUCUGCACCGAUAACGGUUUAGCUGCUGCUGGAACAUGCCUAGGGGAUUCCGGAGGUCCAGUCAUCAUCGCAACGGAGCGUCAACCUUUCAAUCUACUUGCGAUACCGUCUUGGACGGUAAGCCCUUGCGGAAGUGGACCGUCGAUGCAUACACUUAUUAUGUCACAUAUUGGUUGGAUUCUGGACGUUAUCGUUCCAAAUCUCGUGCAAAAUGUCAAAUAAAGCAUAAGAAUCUUGAAUUUA